CCAGUUGUCUGCGAGAGCUUCUACGUGCUUCUUGAGUACGCACGUACAGCCAUGUUCAUGUGGAUGUUCAUAGAGGGGUUGUACCUGCACAACAUGGUGACGCUUACAGUCUUCCACGACAAACCUAAUUACAGGAUGUUUUAUGCAAUAGGAUGGGGUCUGCCUGUCAUAAUGACCGCCACCUGGGCUUCCACUACAGCCCUUUUGUAUACGGACACAGAGUGCUGGUGGGGUUACAAUCUAAGCCCGUAUUUUUGGAUCUUAGAAGGACCUCGUCUCAUCGUCAUUUUUACAAACUUGAUUUUCCUGCUCAACAUCCUACGGGUUCUUAUCACAAAGCUCAAAGCUUCAUUCUCGUCUGAACUUCAUCAGAUCAGGAAGGCAGCGCGGGCUGCCAUCGUCCUCCUGCCCUUGUUGGGCAUCACAAACGCCCUCCAGAUAGUGCACUCCCCGCUCGAGAGUAGUCCGUUGAAGUUCGCCGUCUGGACCUACGUCUCCACCUUCCUCACGGCGGCCUAUCAGGGAUUCUUCGUCGCUCUUAUAUACUGCUUUAUGAACAAUGAGUACGAAUGUGGAUGA